GAACAGCUGUUUACCAAUAACAACAACAAGGCACCGUGCGACGACGACCACGGGCGGCUCGUCAUGUUGGCCCAAUGGUGUAGCGCACACACGCGCAGUGCACACUCGUUCGCUCGGGUCCGGUGCAUGUCCGUAAACGCGUCAAACGUCGUCGUUUCGUCAUUCGCGUCCAUAACUGUACUCGGCGCAUCAUUAAUCUGCAACCAUCAUUACCCGCGUCCGUCUGAUCCGAUCACCCCUAUCACAACGGCCGCCUGGCGUCCCGUCGUCCCAUGAGACAGCACCGGCGUUGAGCGAUGGCCGUGACGGCGGACCGCUGUCCCGCGAUGGACCCGGAUUGCGAUGCUGAACCGCGGUCCCGGUGUCCUGUGGCCCCGGUGGACGGCGGCUACCCACCGAUCGCGCACAACGGCGACGACCUGCACGCCUGCGAGCGCAUCGUCGUCAUGUUCGUGCAGCUCAAGAACUACCUGGGCACGUAUUGGCUGGCCCCGUGGUUCUUUGUCUACAUCUACCCCAGCGUACUCGUUUACGAAUCCCAUGGCUUUGCUGGACCUUUUGUUUAUUGUAAUAUUAUUCAAAUACUAUUUUUUAUUGUGUUUGAAUUUUGGGAUGAGAGUUUUAAUUGGACACCUCUACAUGAUAUAGUAAAAACAUAUUCAUCACAAAUUUUUGGACGUCAAAAUUUAACUAAAAGCACUGAUGAAUUGAUUUUGUUUUGUAUUUGGGUUUCAUCAUGGGCUGCAGUCCCUACCAUAUGUUUUAUAAAUGGACAUAUAUUUGAAUUACCCUCUGACCGUCUUGAACGAUUGACUUCAUAUGUAUCUAUGAUGACCUUUACACUUGUAGUGGCUUAUAUUCUUAUUUUACUUUGGAUUGACAUGACUUUGUUGAAAGUCAAACCGAGUAUUUAUGAAAAUAAUGAAAUUACAAAAGUUUCAACUUCCAAAUCUGAGUUUUUAGAUGACUUCAUUGAGCCUGAUGAUAUACCUGAUUUGAAAACAGUAUAUGAAGAUAUUAGUAUUACAAACGAGUUUAAACUUGAUAAUACUUUCUCAGAGUUUUCUGAGGCAAUAAAUGAAAAUCUUACUGAAAAUGAGGAAUUAUGUAAUUUUAAUAUGAAAGUUGAACUAGGUGAAGAAGCAAAAGAACAAGAAAUGGAUGUUAUAUCUUUAUCAUCAAGUACAUUAAGUGAUUUUGAUGUAAUAACUGAAGAGGAAAUAAAUUUACUUUAGUAAUAACAUGAUUUUUU